AUGGUAUCCCAUGGAAAUAUCAUCCAUGCCACCCUAGGAGUGAUGGUACACUCCAUGAAAAUAGAUAAAAUCCAAGAGCCACCUGUAUGGGACACCCCUGAUGGGCUUCAAGUCUACUUCUCUGUCCUUCCUGUCUACCACUUGUAUGGCCUGUACAUGACCAGUUUUUUAAACUUCAUCAAAUGCUCUACAAUAUAUCCUGAAGCAACAGUGCUGCACACCUCCCACCUGAACUUGCUGCCCAGCUUUGUGCCUGUUUCCCAAGCAUGGAAAGAAUUACCUCAGGUUAUGGUUUGUCCGAAUUUGCAGACAGUGGUGACCAUGAACCCCUUGCCUGGCAUGCUCGAUGGAUGGGCCAAGAACAAACCUGGCUCAGCCAGAAUUCUGGUCUCCAGUGUCACAGCUCACAUUCUCCAUCCCAAUGGAUCUCUUGUGGGUCCAAAUGAGGCAGGUGAACUCCAUGUACAUGGAGGCACCGCGAUGCUGGGAUACAAGGCAAAUAUCAAGGCAACACAGGAGAUAUUCAUCAAUGGGUGGCUGCAUAUGGGUGACCAGAUGCGGAUUGAUGAGGAUGGAGACACACUCAAAAUUUUGGGGAUGCAAGUUUCCCCUGUUGAAAUCGAGAACACGCUUCUAGCGCAGCCCGACAAGCUCAUCACUGAUACACAGCUAAGUCGGUAUAAGUGGUUGAGGGGGGGAAUUGUGUGUGUGGAGAUGAUUCCAAAGUCGCCAACCAGAAAAGUGUUGAAGUGGGUGCUUGUGGAUGAGUAUGCAAGGGAUGGGAAGGUGAAGGCAAAGGCAAAGGCAAGAUUGUGA